AUCCGAUUGCCAAAGAUGACAAGUCCACAACCUGAAAAUGCCCGGCUUCCAUGUGCAACAUGAUUCAGCAUCAGUGGGACUGAUCAUCCGGCGCUACGCUGUACGAGUGAAUUUGCCGACGACACCGUCUUAUUUUACAUUUCCUCCGCAUUGUUAAUUCCAGUGUAUUUAUACGUAUACAUUAAAAGGGAUCAUUGCAUGUAUUAAUGUAUAAAGUGUUCCUGCUGAGGAAGCACGUACACGGCCCGAUUAAUCCGCAAACGCCGGUGUUUCUGGUAGCGACAUGCUGGUGUUGUGGUUGCUGGUGCUGAUAUCGGUGGUGUCGGGAGUGACCCCGACCGUGCCGACGGUCACGUCGGCCUCGUUCACCAUCAGCCAAUGCACACAGGGGACGGUCGUCGGAACGGUCCAGGCGACCAAUUCUCCCACCAGCUUCAGCAUCUCCGACCCCACUGACUUCAGCAUCUCGGCGGGCGGCCAGAUCACGCUGGCCACGACGAUUGCGCCGGGAACGUAUACGCCGACCGUCACCGCGACGAACAGCGUCGGAACAUCCACGCCGGUGACGGUGACCAUAACGGCUACCGGCUGUCCUGCGGCAACGCCGGGACCCUGUCCCACUCUCGUCCCGGGCCAAGCCACAAUGUGCGUGAGUGCCGGUCCCAUCAGCGUCGGACCCAAUGACGUCAUCUUCUUCACCAGUCAGAAUUUUCCCCGGGAAUACGUGCAAUCCGACACUACGGACUGCACGCUGCAGUUUGUCAGUACGUUGCCGCAAGCCAGAAUCCAGUUUACAAAUGAAUAUUUCCACAUUAAAGAGGGCUAUGAUGCCGGCUCGUGCGAUCACGACUACCUGUCGUUCGACGGGAUGAAGUACUGCGACGGCUCAUCCGAUCCCUUACCCAUUCCUUUAGUAACCACUGGCAGCUCGGUGACGGUGGCGCAGCAUCACGCAUACCUGAAGAGCGAAAACAAUCCCUACCAAUUUGCCUUCAUGUCCGCCGAUUCCGGUGAGCAUCACGGAAUGUGCAGCGCGUCGGCUACGAUCCGGAUAACCCUGACCGGUCCGCCGGAGUUCGCGCCCAUCUCCAGUUUCUCCAUCAUCCGGUGCACCGCGGGAACCCCCGUGGGAAUGGUCACAGCCGUCGAUGACCCCACCUACAGCAUCUCCGACCCCGCCCACUUCAGCAUCUCGCCAUUGGGCGUCAUUACGCUGGUCGAUGCGAUCCCGCCCGGGACGUAUACGCCGACCGUGACCGCGACUAACACCGGCGGGUCGACGUCUCUUCAGGUGACUUUAACGGCCGCGUGUACGGUGUUCACGCCACCCUUCAGUUUCUCCACCAGCCAGUGCACCGCCGGUACCAGCGUGGGAAGUGUCUCGGCGUCCACCUUCCCCACCUAUUCCAUCACCGCCUCCAUUCCUUUAGUCAUAACUGUGACGGGAGGCGACAUUACGUUGGGCGCGGUGGUCACCCCGGGGACGUAUUCGGCGACGGUGAGCGCGCUGAGCAGCUUCGGGACCGGGUCGGCGUCGGUGACCAUCACGGUGGUCUGUGCACCGGCGCCGGUGUUCUCGUCGACUCCCUACAGUUUCACUACGAGCCAGUGUACCGAGGGGACAAGCGUGGGAAAGGUCACGGCAUCCGGUUCCCCCACCGGCUACACCAUCUCCGACGCCGCCCACUUUAGCAUCUCGCCGACGGGCGACAUUACUCUGGCCACUGCGGUCACCUCGGGGACCCAUAAUCCCAUGGUGACGGCGACUAACGCUGGCGGCAGCACGUCGGCGACAAUCCAGAUAAAGGUGACCUGUCCGCCGGUGUUCAUCUCGUCGCCCUCCACCUUCUCCAUCCGGCAGUGCACCGCGGAGACGAGCGUCGGAAGUGUCUCGGCCAACAAUAACCCCAUUUACACCAUUUCCAACCCCGCCCGUUUUAGCAUCUCGUCGUCGGGCGCCAUUGCGCUCGUCCGUGCCACCCCGUCGGGGACGCAUCAGUUGACCGUGACCGCGACUAACGCUGGCGGGUCAACGUCCCUUCAGCUAAGUGUAGUGGCGGCGUGCACUAAGCACCCCGUGUUCACGUCGUCCAGCUACGCAUUUUCCACCAGGCAGUGCACCGCGGGGACGAGCGUGGGAAAAGUCACGGCUACUGGUUCUCCGACUUACAGGAUAUCCGACACCGCCCGCUUCAGCAUCUCGUCGUCGGGCGCCAUUACGUUGGCCACGGGGCUCGGAGCGGGGACGUAUCGGGCGGCGGUGAAGGCGACCAACGCUGGCGGAGCAGUGUCGGCGACAGUGAGCAUCACGGUGGCCUGUGCUCCGACAACGCCCAUGCCGCGUCCCACCCUCCUACCGGGUCAAGCAACCAUGUGCGUGGACGCCGGUCCCCUCAGCGUCGGCCCCAGUGACGUCAUCUUCUUCACCAGCCAGCAUUAUCAACGGGGAUACAUCCAAUCCGCCACCACUCCCUGCACGUUGCAAUUCGUCAGCACGCUCCCGCAGGCCAAAAUCCAGGCGCCACUAAUAUCUUUCAAGAUCGUGGCUGUACCGUAUGUUCCUUUAUUGCAGUUCACAAAUGAACAUUUCCACAAUACAGAGGGCUGGUGCGAUGACGACUAUAUGUACCUAUCGUUUGACGGGAUGAGUUACUGCGACUGUUCAUCCGGUCCGCUGCCCAUUACCUUGAUAUCCACAGGCACCUCCGUGACGGUGGUGCAGCAACGCGCAUACCGGAAGAGCGGAAGCAGUCCCUACUCGUACGGAUUUGCAUUCUUGGUUACACUCGUCUACUGA